AUGCCAGGCCGCGUUCACGACGCUCCAAAGCUGUAUCGACAACCAGUGGCGCUGGCCGGCCACGAUCGCUCGGACGGUGGUCUCGUUGUCAUUCCCGCGAGCGUUGACACCUCUGUCUACCUCGGCGUGCUCUUUGCCGAAGAUCUCGUCCAGGCGUUCGAGAUCGACGUCAAGGCCGCGUUUGCCGAGCCGUUCAUCAAGGUCGGCAGCGUCGUCUCGGUCUCGAUCGAUGGCCAUGUCGUCCUCACAAACACGAUCAAGACGCCGAGCGGGAAGCUCACGUUUACGCCUUCGUCGGCGCUCCCGACGCGCCACGAGCGCCGCAUUUGCUACGCAUGA